GUUUGCAGCUCUUUUCACGACAAAAAUGUUAACUGGAUAGGUAAACAACUUGUUUUGUGCAUCCAUCGUUGUGGCGUAUCCAUUUUUUAAAGAAAAUGAGAUGCCAAGUUUUGAAUUGUGGCAACUGCAGCAAAAGUAAAGGUUCCAACUUCAGCUUUUACACUUUUCCCACUGAUGAAGCCUUGUCAAAAAAGUGGGUACAGUUCUGCCGUCAUGAUGGCUUCAACACGAAAACGAGUGUGAUAUGUAUGGAGCAUUUCAGAGAAGAUGAUUAUCAAAAUCUUAUGCAAUUUAAUAUGGGACUUGCCAAAAGACGAUUGCUAAAGCGCGGGGUCGUGCCAUCAAUUUAUGAGCGCGGGGCCGUGCCAUCAAUUCAAGAGCGCGAAACGUCUGCUGAGAGGUAUCCACUACAAGAUGAAUUUAACGUGGAUUACCUACUAGACCAAUAUAAUGGCGAAAAUGUUUUAAAUGAAUCAAACUGCCAAUAUCUGAAAGAGGAGAUUAAUAUUGAAGAUGUCUCGAUAUCACCUACGCAUACCUCUUUCUAUAACGACGACAGCCCGCAAGAAACUGACAUUUUAAAAACGGAAAUUUCUUACUAUUACGACAACAACCAGCGAGAAGUUGCAGUUUUAGAAACAGAAAUAGAGGCACUUAAGCGGGAAAAUGCUCUUCUUAAAAAGGAUAAUAAGAGCCAGCGGAUCCAGCUCAUGGAUUUAAAACGACAGUCUAAAAUACAGCUAAAGAGACAUGCGUGGGAAAUAGAGACGCUGCAAAAGCGUUUGGAAUCAAUGUCUAAUGAGGUAAAAAAUAUGGAAAAAAAACUAGAUUCCAUGUUUACCAAAGGCCAAAUAGCGGCACUGAAAUCUGGUUCCAAAAACUGUAAUUGGUCGAAAGAAGAUAUUGCCCAUGCCGCUAGGUUAUAUGCUGCCGGUCCGCAGGCAUAUAAGCUAAUGUACGAUCAAAAUUUUCCGCUUCCUGCAAUUAGCACACUUAAAAUUCGCACAAAAGAAGUGGGCAUUUCUAAUGGACAAUAGCCUAGUUUUCAAAAUUGCGGUCGUUAAAUAGCCGCUUAUCGCAAAAACUCAGACUAGACUGAUUAUAUACUUUCCUGAAUAAUUUAAGUUUUGUGUGUUUCAAGGCACAUUUUCAUCAAAUUAAGUUAUUUUUUAUAACAUACAUUUUACUAUAACUCAAAGGAUUCACAUUACUCAUAU